AUGCGUUAUAUCGUGUCCGUCGACAUUGGUACAACCACGAUUCGAGCAUGUUUGUAUGACGAAAAGUGCAGACUGGUGGAGACGUGCUCAGAUAAGAUACGAGUGGAAAUUUCUGGUGAACGAGAAGUUCGAGUUGAAAUUGAUCCUGAUAUUUUAUUUAAUCAAUUUGUGAAUGUUGUCUCCAGCGUGCUGCAACGAUGUAAGAAGUCAGAUAAGGUGUCAUUAGCAUUAUGUACUCAACGGAACUCUUUUCUUUGUUGGGAUAAAACUACUAAUGAAACAUUGACAAAAAUCAUUUGUUGGAGUGAUGGUCGAGCAAGGGCUACUUGUACACGAUGGAAUAAGUCAUUUACAAUGAAGGCUUUGAAUACUGCCGGUGCGAUAUUGUAUUUUUUCACUCGUCAACCUCGAUUUAUGGCUGCUAGAAUGUUAAAAUUUCUCAGUGCUAUGGUAUCUCAUCGUGUUAUGGUUACGAUAGAACAGUCCGAAGAAAUGAAAUAUUUACUUGAAAAGGAUCAGCUGGGUUUUGGUUGUCUGGAUACAUGGCUUCUACUUAAACUCACCGAUGGAAAAGUACAUGUUGCUGAAGCGUCGAAUUAUUCUUCAAGUGGCAUGUUUGAUCCUUUCCUGAAUGAUUACAACCGUGUGAUUUUGCGAAUAAUUGGUUUUCCAAUGAUUAUAUUACCACCGUUAGUUGACACAGCCGAUUCGACACCGUUAGGUUUCGUUGCCCAACGAUUCUUUUCACGGACUAUUCCAAUCCAUGCAGUGAUAGCUGACCAACAAUCUGCUCUUUAUGGCAGUGGAGGAUGGUGCCGAGGGGAUGUUAAGAUCUCAUUAGGUACGGGAACAUUCGUGGAUUUAAAUACAGGCAGUAGUAUCCAUGCAUCAAUGAAUGGAUUGUAUCCUUUGGUUGGAUGGCGACUUAACAAUAAGCCCACUUUUGUAGCUGAAGGUAAUGAUCAUGAUACUGCUGUGGUCCUGAAAUGGGCUCAAAGUAUAGGUCUUUUUACCAAUGUAAGCGAUACAGCAAAUAUGGCGCGAUCAGUCCCGAAUUCAAAUGGGGUUUUGUUUGUGCCUGCAUUUGGAGGACUCCAAACCCCUAUAAAUGACGACACCGCUUGCUGCGGUUUCCUUGGUAUACGUCCGGAUACCACAAAAGCCCAUAUGGUUAGAGCAAUCCUGGAAUCAAUCGCGUUCCGGGUUUAUCAGAUAUUUGAAACCAUGAGAGCAGAAGUGCAAAUUCUAGACAAGCCAAGGAUCAGGAUUUGCGGUGGAGUGGCUGCUAACGAUUUUAUAUGCGAAACAAUUGCGUCAUUAACUGGUAACGAGAUACUUCGAAUGAAAGAUGGUGGUUUUGUCGCGUCACGUGGUGCAGCUCUCCUGGCUGGAUUUGCGCAAGGUGUAUGGGAUCAAUCCGAGCUUGAAUGCAUGAUCGAGAUUGAUUUCUGCUUUAUUCCAUCCGAUGAAGACUCAUCUAACAUGCGGAAAGCAUAUGAGUUAUGGUUAAAAGCGGUGCAACGUUGCUCAAAAUUCUAUGAACCGUAA